CAAAUAAUACACAGAGCAAAGGGGAAAAGCAAAGCAUGUAUUACCACCUACAGAGAUAAAGAGACACUGCACUGUUAAAAAGACAUCAGAUUGAAAAUCCAAAGAAGCUUUAAAGAUGGCUAAUGUUCAUAUACCGCUCACUAAUGCGAGAAGUGGCUACAGCAUCGUCACUCAAGUUGUUCCCUCAUCAACAGUUUCAGUUGCAACAGAACAAAAUUCAUCUCAGACUCAAAGUCAGCUGCAGGAAUUCCUGAAAGGAGAACCCAAAGCACUGGGAGUUGUCCAAAUAAUGAUUGGUUUUAUGACUAUAUUGUUUGGUAUCGUGAUGGGAGUCCUUUCUCAGACCUUCAGCGUGUUCUCUGGGGUUCUGUUCUGGGGCUCACUGUUUCACAUCAUCGCUGGUUCUCUGGCUGUUUCAGCGAGCAACAAGCUUCAUGUCUGUGUGGUGAAGGCCGCAAUGGUGCUGAAUAUCUUUAGCACAUUAGCUGCAGGAACCGCCAUCAUCAUGCUUUCUCUGGAUUUGGUGACACCUCAUGCCUGCUACUACAUUGGUUACAUUUAUAGAUGCAUAUAUAACUCUGCAGAGAGCCGUACCAAAGGAAUCAGUGGAGUUCUGCUGAUUUUCUCUCUGCUCCAGUUUGCCGUCUCUAUUGCAGUUUCAGCCUUCACUUGCAAAGCCACCUGCACCGAUCAACAAACUCUGAACAUUAUCAAUGUGGUUCCAAACACUGCGAGUGGCGGUUCUGUGGUCAGUUCUAUUCCAGCUUAUCAGACACAACCGAUUUUAGGGGUGGGGUCACUGUUUGCGGUGGAUACUGUACUCACAGUGUUUACAGUAGUGUCUGUGUUAUUGUCUGCUCCCGGCGUGGUGGUGGUGUGUUCAGGGCUGACCUGUUCGAGUGGCGGCUGCGGUGUGUCGUCGCGGCCCGCUGUGGGCACCGCCUUCCUGGUGUUCUCCGGCUGGCUGUCCUCGCGCCGCUGCAUCCCGGGUGUGUCGCUGCGCGAGCUCCCCGGCUGCACGACUCCCCGGCUGCACGGCUCCGUGUGGACAGCUCAGCCUCUUGUGUCCCACGUCCCCGCACUCGAAGCACCUCAGGGCUCCGUGGUGGCGAAGACGGUGUAG